CUCUCUUUACACCUAAAGAGAGUUCUAACCUAACCGAUCAUGUGAAAUUUAAAUUCAAAGCGAUGCUGAACGAUGUCACGUGCUCCGAAAAAAAGUUAUUUACAUUGCUCCACAUAUCUGACGUAAAUAUUUCAGUAGAAAAAAAAAGCGAAGGACGUAGUACCUUGCGUACAGUGAUUGAACGAGCUGUGAUGGAUGAAGAUAGAUUUGUGAAACAGAAUGAGGAUAAUCUGGAAGAGAUAAUUGAUAAACAAACCAUAAGACUCCAGGAAUUGGAUAUGGCCACAGCAUUAAUAAAAAGUAAGCAAAAUAUAAAAGGUGAACUUCAGGAUGCACAUGAGGAAGUACAGCAAAUUUCAGGUGGCAUUAGCGAAGCAAAAAGAAUGUUAAGUAGAAUGCAUGAACAGAAUUCUCGUUUGAAAGAAAUAUUCACGUUAGUUGAAACUUUGGACAAAAGAAUUCUUCAUCAAGAAAGAAAUAUUCCACCUGAACUUAUACAAGGUUAUCAGGAUGCCAUGUAUACUCCUUUGUCAGAAUAUCCUAUAAAUCCAACGCACCAGUCGACUAGAAAAACACCCAAUAGUGUAAGAAACAUCACAACAUUUGAAAAGGAAGAAACAGUGAAAGAUUGUAAAAGAACACUUUUUAAUGAACCAGAAGUAUGCCCAACAAUACAAUUUAUCACUGCAGAAGAGUUCAAUGCAGUACCUAAAUAUAUUAUUGGAAGGCAAACUGUUAAUAGUUUAGAGACAAUUAAUCACUUUAUAAAUGCUAUAAAUCAAACGUUAAUUGCAAAGUAUACACUUUUAUCCAUGGGAAAGGCUGUUGCUCAAAAAAAGGGUGAUAUUAAUUUGUAUUUAUACUAUAAAAAGCAAGAGCUCGAUAUUCGAGAUGAAGAUGGAUAUCUCUACUUCUUCACAGCUGAGGAUUAUUAUAGACAAACGAAAACAAAAAUUGAUAAGACCAAGUUGAACUUACUAACAGCAUUGCGCCAUUGCAAACGUUUACGAGAAUGUAGAAUCAGAAACGAAUUACGAUAUGUUAUAACGUCACAUUAAUUUAUACAAUUUUCUAUGUAUUCAUAGACUUUUAACAUUAUCGUAAUAAGAAAAAUGUAUUAAUUUACUAAUAAUGUUCUGAAUAUAUGUAUACUUUUAAUAGACAGAU